UGUGUGUGUGUGUGUGUGUGUGUGUGUGUGUACUCUGUGUGAACAUGAGGGUUGGUCUGCGCGCGCAUGCAUGUGUCCUGGCAAAAGCCUGAAUAAUUGAUGAGCAGAGGAAAGAGUGAAAGCACUGCCGGACGGGACGGUGUGUGUGGGAGUGUGUAGAGAUGGGGGAAAGGGAUACAGUGUGGCAGGAGCCUGGCUACGAUGGGAUCUGCAACUACGCCCAAAGAAUCACCUCCUGCUUCGGACUGGAUGUGGCUCGUGCGCAGGAGACACACCACCACUCCUCAGAGAAGCCCCUGAUUCAGUGCUACAAGUGCGGGGAGCCAUGUAAGGGCGAGGUGCUGCGGGUGCAGAACAAGCACUUCCACCUAAAGUGCUUCACCUGUAAAGUGUGUGGCUGUGACCUCGCCCAGGGGGGGUUCUUCAUGAAGAAUGGAGACUAUCUGUGCACGCUGGACUACCAACGCAUGCACGGCACCCGCUGCAAUGGCUGUGGGGACUUUGUGGAGGGGGAAGUGGUCACUGCCCUGGGCAAGACCUACCACCCUGCCUGCUUUGUCUGCACCAUCUGCAAACGACCGUUCCCCGCCGGCGACAGGGUGACCUUCAACGGGAAGGACUGCUUGUGUCAGUACUGUGUGGAGCCAAUGUCUCCGGGACCAAAGGACAUCCUCGGCUCCAGCAAUUGCGCAGGAUGUGGUCGAGACAUUAAGAACGGACAGGCUCUUCUAGCAUUGGACAAACAAUGGCAUCUGGGCUGCUUUAAGUGUAAGGCCUGCAACAAAGUGCUGACCGGGGAGUACAUCAGCAAGGAUGGCGCCCCCUACUGUGAGAAGGACUACCAGAUCCACUUUGGAGUUCAGUGUGAGGCGUGUCAUCAGUUCAUCACGGGGAAGGUGCUAGAGGCCGGAGAUAAGCACUACCACCCCAGCUGUGCGCGAUGCAGCAGGUGCAAUCAGAUGUUCACAGAAGGAGAAGAGAUGUAUCUGCAAGGAUCAACGGUGUGGCAUCCUGGCUGCAAGAACACCACCCGAACAGAGGAGCGACACAGAGAGCGGCUAUUGCCUCCGUCCCUCUUAUUCCUCCAAAAAACAGAAAGGCAGCCUACGAGGUCGUCAUCGGAGAGUAUUUGUUCCAGACCUGGUUCAAGCAUACCUGGCUCACCGGGUCACACGAUCUAUGCAAAAGUAGACAAUGAGAUCCUUGAUUACCGAGACCUAGCUGCCAUUCCAAAAGUCAAAGCCAUUUAUGACAUUGAGCGCCCUGAUCUUAUUACGUAUGAACCUUUGUACACCACCUCCCUGGAUGAGAGAGACGAGAGACGAGAGAGUGUGGGAGAGCUCCACACUGCCAGAAGGGAGCGUUCCCCCUUGCCCGAUGACAAGUCCUCAAGGAACAUGUCACCAACCCCAUCUGGUGAGGGCUCUUACGACAGGAGGGAACGCAUCCUCCAAAGGUCAACCAGUCAGGGCUCCAUAGGAUCACCAGUUUAUAAUCGCCAUGGUUACACCCCCACUCUGUCACGGUCUCCUCAGCAUUUUCACAGGCCAGAGGCUCUGACAGGCAUGCAGAAGCUCUGCUCCUCCUUGUGCAGUAACAGUGUGGGCUCCAGAAAUAGUGACUCACGCCCCACCUCCCCUUUCAGACACCACUUCCUUCCCCAUAGCCAAGGCACUGACCCCCCGAGUGGCCGGAGCUCCCCCCUCCCGCUCAGGCCCGACAGCCGGCCGGUCACCCCGCCUCUCUCUCUGACCCCUAAACAUUUCCACCUCCCAGAUCAAGGGAGCAACAUCUACAGAAAACCCCCCAUCUACAAACAACACGGUUCAGAAGGGGGUAGACGAUCCAGAGAAGAGGAGGAGGAAGACUCCUUGAAAAAAAAGCAGAUCCACGAGGAACAUCUCAGCAAGAUUCAGUCUGGUUUGGGAAAGCUCAUUCUGAAGGAGGAGAUGGAAAAAGAUCAGAUCAGGGAGCGUCACACACGUAGCCUCUCUGCUCAGCGCUGCGACCCCAAACAGACCGACUGUGACGCAGAACCAACUUCUCCAACCCAAACUAACUCUCUGCCUGGUUAUGGAAGGAACGGGCUGCAUCGGCCCCAGUCCACAGACUUCACCCAGUACAACAGCUACAGUGACAUUUGUGGGGGAGGCAGAGAGUUUCAGCACAUUAAGGAUGGCCAUGCAGCACUUGCAAGGAUGGACAGGGGAGUAUCUAUGCCUAAUAUGUUGGAACCAAAAGUGUAUCCCUAUGAAAUGCUCAUGAUAACCAGUAGAGGGAGAGCUAAACUGCCCAGGGAUGUGGACAGAACCAGACUGGAGCGCCACUUAGCACCCGAAUUGUUCUUUGACAUCUUUGGAAUGGAGGUCCAGGAGUUUGACAGGCUUCCCCUGUGGAAACGCAACGACAUGAAAAAGAAGGCCAAGCUCUUCUAGCACUCAGAGCAGCAUGCACAUACUGUACAUUCAUCCAGAUAGCACACAACAAACUGUAAUCUAGAUGUAGGUUUUUGGGUUUAUUUCCUUUUUCUUCUGGAUUAUUUUUGUUUUAUCCUGGCAUAAUUCAAGGAAGCCACAAGAUGGACUGAACUUUUUUUGUUGCUCUGAAGCUUCCUGAGACUGUGAGCUGAAGGAUUUGUCCAGUUAGACUUGCACAGGAAACAAGGAAUCUUUUCCAUGUUCAAAAAUGACAAAGAAUGAGAAUGAUUGAUAAAUAGGUUCAUGUUAUUUGGUUUGACUGCGCUUGUUUUACUUCUUGCUUUGCUUCGAGUGGAACUGCUUUCCUUUCUUUCUUGCUUGUUUCUUCCUACUAUUUGUUGCUGUUGAUUCCUGUGGAACUUUGUAAGUACGGUAGAACCUCAUGGCGCCAUUACCAAAUGUCCAUGCUCGUAGCUUGAACAUGUAUCCGCUUUCCCAACGCUUGGGCUGAAACUGAUUUUGCCCAAAGUUCGCAAGAAUCGGCUCAGUGAGUCUUUGAAUAAAAUAAAUAAAAAAGCCACAGGGAAAGCAGUGAGCGGACCCAUCAACUGUUUUACCAGAUCUCCAUGGAAACCCCUACACAUUGCCAGUCCCCUCCCCUUGCUUCUGUACAAUCCAAACAUUCAUCUGACCCUGACAAAAAGAAAAUGUCUCUCUUCUCAGGCUCUCAUAAACAUGGCCAGACACAUUCCCUUUACAUGUAUUGGAAGUACAAAUCUUAUAUAUUUUAGUGCCGUAUCCAAAAUACAGUAACCAACAAAUAUAAAAGAAACACCCAAUGUGAGAAUCAACUGUAUUUGGAAGUACUGUUUUAUAAAUGAAAAACCCACACUGCCAUUUGUUGUAUUGAAAUUUAAGCCAAUAAAGCUUUAAAUCACCAUGAACCAUAUGAUCCUCAGCUAUUCCAAAGGUACCCACCGCCUCUUUUCUGUUCUCUGGUUUCUUCUUUGCAUCGCACCAAUAAACACACAGCUUCUGUAGGGCUACACAGGGUGAAAGGUAGUCUCAGGACUGGGUUACUUUUAUACGGCCAGUCAGAUGGUGGACUCUAUUUGCUUUCUACACAAACUGAUUAGUUGGGGCCCCUGUGGUGAAAUCUCUUUUUACGUGAACUUGGCAAAUACAAAUCAAUACAAAUACAAAUAUUAAGGGUUUAUUUUGCUGCUUUGGUGAAAAAGUUGGGUUAGGAAAUUCCUUUUAUGUCAACACAGAGCA